CGACGCGUCACGCCUUGCACGAGUCGGCCGCCGCAGGUAGCCCACGGGAAACGCGAGAGCGGUCCGGCCCCGGCGCGCGUAAUAAAAGGCCGACCGACCGGUGGUCUCGGACGCCCCUCGCUUUCAGACCCAGCCGUCGCCGUCUCCCAAUUCCUCCGCAGGGCCCCCCUCCACUCCUCUGACCCUCUCCCCGUCUUCAGCCGCGUCCCGGCUGUCGGCGACCCGCCGACGUUCCCGUCGUCGCCGUCGCCAUGACUACCUCAAGACGUGUUGCUGAUAGGAAAAUUGCAGUAUUUGAGAAGAAUAUCACGAAGAGGGGUUCUGUUCCCGAGACAGUCAAGAAAGCAAAUGAUUAUCCUGUUGGACCUAUCGUGCUUGGUUUUUUUGUCUUUGUUGUUGUUGGGUCAUCUCUGUUCCAGAUCAUCAGGACAGCCUCAAACGCCGGUCUCUUCUGAGUAGAUUGGUGCUAUGCUUAUAGUGACCAUGAACAGGGCUGUCAUAUGCAGUUGGUUGUCGGUUUAAAAUUAGAACUGAAUGAGAUAGCUGGUACUCUUGUGAUGCUUGUUAUACCUCUUACCAUUGUACUUGGUGGAGUUUAAGUUAUAUGGAGGUCAUGCCAUUGGACUGCUAAUCUGUGUUUCUCAGGGCCUCAGGCCAUUGGAAUUAUUCCAUUUUAUAUCCGGUUAUAAUUUGCUUUGCAUAUUUGAUUUAA